CGAAAGUGAAUUUCUGCCUGAAGACAAAACUCUAGCACGUGCCUCCAGCUCGCUGACACCGCAUACUCAGCCACACGAUGGCACAUAUUCUAGCCUUGAAUUAUAUCCUCUCAAUGCUUCUCCUACAUGCCAUGCCACGCUUAACGUAAUCGGGUUCAUCCUUCUUCACAAGACGUUAUGGACCCACUAAGCAUCACCGCCAGCAUUAUCGCCAUCCUAGACCUCACAACCAAAGCAAUCCAAUAUCUCGGCGACGUUAAGGAUGCCCCCAAAGCCCGUGCGAGCCUCGCAAUCGAAGCCUCGAACCUGUACUCGCUCCUCAUGAACCUACGAUACCGGCUUGAAGAGGGACGAUCUAAUGAGGCGUGGUACACGGCGGUGAGGUCGCUCGGGGUGCAAGGUGGGCCGCUUGAUCAGUAUAAGGAUAUGUUGGAACGGAUUCAGCAUAAGCUUGGCGGUGGGGGGAGUUGGAUUAAGGAGGUGGGACAGUCGCUGGUGUGGAAGUUUAGUAAGGAGGAGGUUAGGGGGUUGUUUGUGAGUAUGGAGGGCUUGAAAGGAUUGAUUGCGGUUGCGCUGGAGAUGGAUCACUUCAAAUUGUCGCAGGCGAUCAAAAGCGCGGUGGAUUGUCAGGGAAGGGAGUUGUCGCUUCAGAUCGAUGGUCUCGCUCAGGAUUUUCGGGACGAGAAGUUUAUGCGUGAGCAGGAGAGUAUUGAUGGCCUUCAUCACGAACUCUGCGGUUGGCUCAGUCCUUGUAAUCCGGAGAUGUUACAUUUGAAAGCCUGUGGACACCACCAUAGUGGUACGAGUGGGUGGUUCCUCGAAGGCUCGCUCAAAUGGCUGGUUCAAAAUAAGUCAGAUUCGUCUGCGAUACUGCUGCUAAAGGGAACCUCCGGAACUGGCAAGAGUACUCUCAUGUCACAGGCUAUUAAACAAGCCAAAUCCGACGUGGGACAGGACCCGGUCCUCUACUUCUACUGCUCUUUCGACGACCAGGCUACUCAGGAUCCAGUUAACAUUCUCGCUUCUUUCAUUGUCCAGCUUUCGCACCAGGUACCUGAGCUACUCGACGACUUUAUGCCAGAAUAUCUCAAGGCGAAACAACACUCUACACCUGCGCAAUUAUCAAUAGAGCAACUCGAAAAGAUUUUCAUGGCGCAUACGCGAAGUCUACCUCACGUGUUUUUGUUUCUUGAUGCCGUCAAUGAAUGUCAGGAUGCCUCCGCCAUUUCUGAUCUCCUCGUUCGACUAGCACUUCGCUGUAGCAAUCUCAGGAUGCUCAUUACAAGUACUCGGGAGUUAAACAAUCCCGAACCGAGUGGUACGCUUCAAACUCUAGUAGUGCAAAUGGACUCAAGUAGCGUGACUAAAGAUAUAUCCAUCUUUGUCGAUGACAUGCUUGCACUAGAUCAAGGAUUAAGAAACGUUACUAUGGAACUGAAAGCUGAUAUUAGAUCAACGGUGAUAAGUAACUCAGACGGCAUGUUCAGGUACGCUAGGUGGCUUAUGAACCAUCUCGCCGAGCAAAGGACCGGAAGAGCCAUAAGGAAGGCUCUUACUGAAAUGCCUACCAGUUUGAACGAAAUGUACGCCAUGCUUCUAAACAGAAUACCCAAAUCAUCUCCCGAUCGCGAACUCCUCCGCCGCUGCCUCGUAUGGCUUUCUUUCUCAACCAGGCCUCUGAGGCUAGCAGAGCUGGCUGAGGCAGUUAUUCUGGAGGACACUAGCGAGAAUGUCGAUAGCGACGACAGACUGCAUUCGCCGGAGAUCCUUCUUGAUAUAUCGCAGGGGCUGUUUGAGGUUGAUGGUAACAGUGGACGAGUUGCUCUUGCGCAUUCAUCUGUGAAAACAUUCCUGCUCUCUAAGUGGAUACAAAAUACCUCGGUUGCGGAUUUUUCGAUGGAUGACGCGAAGGGGCAUGGUGAAAUUAUUCGUUUGUGUCUGACCUACCUGACACUUUCUGGAUUUAUUAGUGGAUGGGGAGAAACAAUGGAGGUUACGGAAACUAGAUUCAAAGAAUAUCCUCUCCUCGAAUACGCCGUUGAAAACUGGCUAGGCCAUUCAAAAAUCGCCAAUUACGAGUUCCAGAUGUGGUCCAAGGUGACCGAAAACACUAGUUCCCACCACCUAAAUUUAGGUAUGCGGACCCUCGAAUGGUGGGCAGGCUAUCACUGGGGGCGUUCAAAUUUUUAGGGAACCAGAGUCGAUCUUAGAAAUAUGGACUUCGGACGCGGAAAUCAGGUCGCGCAUGGAUCCGGCGUAGAUUAGGCCAAUGGGUUUGACGGGCAUCGCGUGGCUUACUUCGAAGUAGUCGAGCGCCGCAGUGACCGUGGCCGGAUCUACGAACUUGCUGUGUCACAUCCUAGAGGCCAUUGUAAGAAGCAUUGUGGUCUUCAGAAUUUAGAAGAGUGGGCUGUUAACAGCUUGAAGGUUAACCCACCCCUACGGCAAUUUGUGCUGCUGCAGUUUAAACCUAAGUAAUUUACAAUAAUUUAGUAGGGUUGUUUAAAUAGUGCAAGGUGUAAGGCUAAGGAGGAGAAACUGUUAGGACUAAGCUCUUGUUAAUAGAGUCUCAUAGUGGCAGCAGUGCAGGAU